CUGGUUCCGCUUCUGCAAAACCCUAAACCCUAAACUGCAGAGAUGGCUGAAACAAGAACAUGUAGAGAUCUUUUACAGUUAGAGCACAAGAAUUCCACCUCCUCAGCCAUGGAAUCCGCCAUUCUCGUUUGCAACAAGAAAGAGUCAAAGAAACCAAACCCAAAUGAGAAACCCUUAUUUAGUGUACGUCCCCAAAGCCAAGUUUUAGGAAAAGUGAAGUAUUUCUUGGGAGUGAUAUCGGAAGCUAAUAAAAGGCUUCAGCUUGAUGCAAAGGACAAUGCUCAAGAUUAUGAUAUUGAAGUGCUCAAUGGAAAGGAAUCUGAAGUUAUUGAAAUGGAUUUAAUGCUAGGCGUAGCUGAUCUUCAUACACCUGAGGCCGUAACUGCUGCUGAAUCAGCAAUUGCCGGUAAUCAGCCAGUAAUUUCUUUAGCUGCCAGCAGUAGUGGAACAAACUCUGAAGAUAGCAGUGAAGAUAGCGAUGAUGAUCACAGCAGCGAUGUAGAUGAUGAAGGUGGUGACAAUGAUGAUGCCAAUGAAGACAAGAGCAAAUGUUUUCCCUCAAAAGUUAAACGAUCCAAGACAAUCAAACAUGAAUGGGAAGCUUCUGGAGACAAGAAGUCACAAAAGAGGCCAAAAAUUGUUGAGCUAUCAUGAAAUCACCAUUUUUCCUUAAAGAAGUUGGCUAGUAAAUCAGGUUGAGUGAAUUGUUUGCAGGAAAGUCCUUUGCGGGCACUCGUCACUUAUUCGUACAGUUGUGACACAAACCUUUUCUACUUUAUGCUGGAGAUUUUAUGAAUGAUUGUGGAAUAUCUGCAGGCGAUUUAAGUUAUGUGGUUGAUAGAUUUUUUUCGUCUGUCUUCUACAAUAUCUUUAUGGCAAAGCUUUGAGUAAAGAAACAGGUGACAUUUGUUUAGUGUAAUAUUUUGUUUAUGUUCUAAGGUUUUUAUUAUUAUUGGCUCCAAAAUUUUUAGUUGAUAA